AUUUCAAUCAUCAAACCAUUCAUUCACAAAUAUAAUGGACAGAAAGGCGGGUCCAUAUUCAGAUUUUGCUUCCGUUGAUGACGAUCCUUUAACCGACCCUAUAAUGGAUGAAGAAGCAAAAAAGGUUGAAAUUGAAUUGGCUAGACAUAUGCAAAAACAUAAUAUUAAAUCUGAAAAUGAGGAUGGUGAUGAGGGGGAAAGUGCAAGAUUGAGAAAUAAAAGAGAAUCUACCGAUUCGGGAGACUACCAGAAUCUCUCCUUUGGACCUUCCGGGCAUGUGAUAAGUUCUCCGUACGAACUUUCUCAUUACCCAAUCGAAAUUUUGGAAUGUAAAAAUGCUCUACAAAAGCAAAUUUCAAGCAGACUGUCAGAAGCUUCUUCGGUUCCUUCAAAUAAAACAACAAUUUCUACAAGCCGUUCAUUAAUUCAAGGAAUAAAUAAAGACAGAGCAUCUUCUUCACUUGGUCAUCAUCAACAACAACAACAACCUUUAAUCUUUGAAAAUAGCAACAUUUCUGGGAAUGCUACAUUUUCUGCAGCAGGAGGAGGAGGAUUACAAAAUAGACGCUUAUCUUUACAACAGCCAUAUAAUAAGUGAGUUUUGAUUUUUUCCCUUUACUUUUUGGAUUUUUUUUUCUUUUCCUAAAUUUAUUAAAAAUAUUUUGGUAUUUUUUAAAAGAAAAAAUGACUAAUUUUCACAAUUGUGGGUUGGGGGUGUGGAGAGGUGAACGGGGUAUUUUUCAGGAAAAUUUUAUUUUUUUUUUGUUAGGAAAGGUUUUUUUGUUUUUAAAGAGCACGUUUUUCAUAUAAAACUAACUUUUAAACAAACUUUUUUUUUACACAACAAACCUCUAUCUAUUAAAAUCUAUCUAACAAACUAUUCUCUCUACAAACAGAAAACGCCCCUUAUUUUCUGUAGUUAAAUUACAAUAAAAAUUUAUUUUUUAUUUUUAAUAUAAAAGAUUUUUUCCACACCUAACUAAAUACACUAUUAAUUGUUUUAAUUCAACAUAUUUUUCCACAUUUUUUUUCUUUUUUGAAAUUUUAUUUUUCUUUUUUUUUAAAUUAUAAGGAGGGUAGGGGGUUGGGGAGAGUGUGUCUGCUAUC